AUGAGCUACUUUUCUGCGAUAAUUUUUUUGGUGGCUCAGGUACUGGUCGUGUCAGGUCGUGAGCAAUUGGAGCAGAAGAAGAUUCGAGGUCAGGAUAUAGAUUCAUCAUUUGCAUUAGAAACAACAACAGAGUAUAUUCCUCCAGUAUAUGAUUACGUGGAUGUAUAUCCAGAAAUAUGCAAUGAGAAUCAAACAAAAUACAACUGCAAUAAUCAAAGAUGUGCGAUCGGCAAAGGAACUGAGAAUUCGAUGUGCGAGGGAAAUUAUGAUAGGUGUAAGUGCAAAAACGACUACUGGUUGAAUUCAACUGACUCUUAUGUUUUAUACAAAGAUUGUGAUGUACAUCCUCGUGGUCGUUUUACUUGUUGA